AUGAAGAUGAGGAGCUGGAAGAAGACGAGGGCGGCCCGGGACAAUGGUCGCGAGCCAUGCUCAGGCCUAAUUGCAGGACCUGGCUUGCGGCGCCGAAUCGAGAAACAAAUCGAGAAGGGAGUCAAGUGCGUCCACAAAGGAGUCGACCAAGCCGUGAAAACGUUGGACGGCACCGGACUUGCCGGGGGUGCCCUGACCGAGGCUUACAAGGAAGCCAAAAUGGCAGGGAAUGCCGCCCAGUUCGUGGCGAAUACCGCAAUCUCCAAUGCGGAGAGGGCCUUAAGACUGUCGACAUUGAGCAGGCUUCGACAAUUGGAAUGCCAGUUGCGGCAAUGUCGUAGCCCCGGUGCCUCGGCUACAAGAUUAUCGGAAGUGUUCCUCCCCUGA